AAAACUGUGAAAAGUUCUUCUAUGUGAACUUACCAAUAUGAAGUUGGGUUGCUCCUUUUAUUUGAAAUAUUAGUAUCUUUCAAAAAUUCCUAAUGACAUUCAAAUUUUCGUCUAAUUUGUGGUUUACCUUCGAAUGUUUUCAGUUUUUCGAAGUUUGGGGAAAUAUUCUGUGACUCAGAAACGUUUCCCUGAAGUUCAACAAAAUUUGGCUUGUUUUCAAUUUGCGUCUAGUUUUCUGCUACAGUCCUUCAGGUUCUACAUUGCACAUAUUGACAACGCAACUGUUGUUUAUGUUGUGGUUCCUGUUUGAUUAAUUGACGUCUGACGUGCAUCAUUGUGUAAAAUGGUUGAUCCUAUUUUCGAUUACCAGUUUCGUCUGAUUUUAAUAGGAGACAGUACAGUAGGGAAAAGUUCUUUGUUAAAAUAUUUCACAGAUGGAAAAUUUGCUGAGCUUUCAGAUCCUACAGUUGGUGUUGACUUUUUUGCGAGACUGAUAGAUGUAAAUGAUGGCAGAAGAAUCAAACUGCAGUUGUGGGACACAGCUGGACAAGAAAAGUUCAGGUCGAUUACCAAAUCUUACUAUCGCAAUUCAGUUGGUGCUCUCCUUGUUUAUGACAUCACAAAUCGGAAAAGUUUUGAACAUAUCCCACGCUGGAUGAAUGAAGCCAAAAGACAUAUUGAACCUCAUCGGCCAGUUUUUGCUCUGGUAGGAUGCAAGCUGGACUUAGUUCUAAGUAACCCAAGAGCUCGAGAGAUAUCAGAAGAGGAAGCUGCUAGUUUUGCUCAAACCCACAGUAUUCCACACAUUGAAACUUCUGCCCGCACGGGUUCUGGAGUUGAAAUGGCAUUCCGUACAGUCACACAAGAAGUCUAUGAUCGGAUAAUGUCAGGAGAGUACUCUGUUGAAGAUGGUUGGGAUGGAAUCAAGACGGGGUUUUCUCGUCCUGGUAUUAGUUUAGAGGAAGCCGAACCUGCUCAAACCUCAUGCUGUUGAGUUUUCUUCUAUCUUGUUUUUAUACUUUUACAAAGAUCCACAUUAAUAUACCCAAUAAUAUUUAUGACAGAAUUUGUGAAAACAAAGUAAGAACAAAUUUAAACAAACACAUUACUCUUUGAACCAGUUAAAAUAUUACUGAUAGGUUUUCAUAAUUUGCAAAUUUAAAAUUUAAAGCCUUUACCUUGGGCUGGACCCAGGUAUAUGAGAUUCUUUUAGAAACAUUUUUUGUGCGGUCAGAUUGAUUUUUUUCCCCCAGCAUAUUUCUUACACUCUAUCUAUUGUCUUUUCUUUUAUUUUAACUUCAAUAAUACCAAAGAAGUGACAUGUGUUAACACUGGAGAAAAGUUCAGAUUAGUUAUUAAUAUGUACAAGAUAUCCCUGCAGUUUUCUGGUGUUGUUAUUUUUUUAUUUUAUUUUCAAUGACUAAUUUCUACUGUGGGAAUUUUUUCCAACCCCCAAAAAUCUGUCUUAAGUAGAAUUUCUUGCAAUAAGAAUGCAUCUUUUACCAACAUGCGUUUCAUAAGUUAGGAUUGCCUUUUUUAGGUACAGAGGGAGCAAUAUGUUUGUCCUCAAUUCUGCAUUUCAAAGUACAGUAACUUUUUUGUUUGUUGAUUUCCCCAAAAUAAAUCUUGCUUUAUUUGAUGGCUUCUGAAAUAACAGAGAAGUUUCUCUCUAAACAUUUUGGUGCCAGAGUUAUUAUUCAGAAAAAAAAACUCUGUCUAGCAGAGAGUGUAGUCUUAAUUUAUUUUUUAUUUCUGGUUAAUCCCUUACAUAUUUUUUUGAUGCGUGCCAAAUUCUUGUACUUUUGCUGACUUCCCUAAGUGGCUCUGGAGCAUAAGUAGUUUUCACUAUUGUGAUUCUAUUUGGCAGUGGUUUUUUAUUAUUUGUACAGUUUAGUUAUUUCUGGUUUUCAAAGUUGCUCAUCAAACUUGUCUCUAGGUAUACAUAUAUAUCUUUGGUUAAUCUAAAUCCACCUAUUGAUAGUGCAAACAUGUUUUUGAGGUACCAGUUGCUCCCAACUCCAAUUUCCAAACUGGCUGUAAGUACCUUACAUAACUAUUUUACUAACUAGUCAUUGUUCAGUUUACUUAUAAAACCCACCUUCAUUAUAUAUCAUAGUGCUUAUGCGCACUUGCUCUACACUCCAACCCAUACCUCUAAUCCCAUAACAUGUUUGGAAGUCUUAGUUGCAGAAUUUAAGAGGCAGUGGUUUGUAGUCAUCUUUGGAGGAACUUUGUUUUUUCUAGUAAACUUGGUUUUUCCUUACUUGUCAUGAGCGUUCUUUCAUUAUAUGACACGUGAAACUGCUUUGGGAGCUUUUUUUCUUACUAAGUUUUAAUCCCACUGUGUUAGAAAUAAUUUGAGUUGAAUGAUCGAACAUGUGAUAAUUAAAGUAUAUCUUUAGGUUGUAGAGGUGCUUAUUUUAUCUUGUUUGAACUUGAACUGUUAAGAUGAAUCAAUGUAAAUUAUUACCCUAAUACAUGUUUAUCAAAGUUACCUGUUUUAAUGUUGAGAGCAAGCACCUACGUACAUAAUAUGCUCUACCCCAGUAUCUCCUUUUGUAGAAAAAAGCUCCUGUGAUCAGUUGCGGAAAUUUGUAAAUAAUGUGUAUAUUUUCAAAGUUGACAUUAAAGAUCAUUUCAAACUUGA